AUGGCGGCGACAGUCUACCAUAACGGGCUUAAGCCUGAUAUUCAUGAGGAACAUAAGCGUGCCGCCAAUCCCGUACUUUUCCAGACCCGUGAGGCUGUUCUGGCCGAUGCGGGUGAGGACGACAACGAUGUUGUGAACGAAGCUUCUGCGGAAGUCCGUCUAAACAACCCCCUUCUGGGUUUGACGCACGAGCAAAUUGAGAAGAACGUUCAAGUGUUCGUGACUGAAAAAGGUCUCGAGGACUACCACGACGAGUUCUUGAAGGGUGCUCUUUGUGCGCAAGCUCAGGCUACUAGGGAUUACGAAUCCAUUACUAUUUUGACCGAAGAAGACCGCCAAAUUUUGCGCAACGAGCAUGAAAAGAAGUGGCGCCAGCCCUUGAUGCUCUAUUGGCUCGCAAUCUGCUGUAGUGUAGCUGCUGCGAUUCAGGGUGCCGAUGAGUCCGUUAUUAACGGUGCCAUCUUGUACUUCCCCAGCCAGUUUGGUCUUUACACGGAUUACUGUGACUAUUACACGAAGGACCCGCAGACGGGCGUGUGCAAUGGUCAAUUGAAGCCAAACCCUCGUUUUAACCCCAACUGGACGUACAGUGAUGUGACUGCGCAGAUCAGCCGAAACAACUGGCUGCUGGGUCUUGUUUCGUCGGCGCCAUACUUGUGCUGUGCUUUCAUGGGCUGCUGGCUUACCAGCCCACUUAACCAGUUCUUUGCUCGUCGUGGUACUAUCUUUAUUUGCUCAUUUAUCAGUUUCGCCACGUGUAUUUGGCAGGCUGUUACCAGCACUUGGUGGCACAUGUUCUUGGCUCGUUACUUCCUUGGUUUCGGUAUUGGUCCCAAGUCGGCCACUGUGCCUGUUUAUGCAGCCGAGUGUUCCCCCCCGUUGAUUCGUGGUGCUCUUGUCAUGCAGUGGCAGACAUGGACUGCGUUCGGUAUUAUGCUUGGUAACGCAGCAGGUCUGGUUCUGUUCCAAGUUGGCGACACGAAGCAUAUCCAUGGUCUGAACUGGCGUUUGAUGAUGGGCAGUGCUGCGAUUCCUGCUCUGUUUGUCAUGGUGCAAGUAUACCUCUGCCCCGAGUCUCCUCGUUGGUUGAUGAAGCGGAACCGCUACCGCCAGGCGCUGAACUCGUUCCUUCGUCUCCGCAACGCUCCCCUUUUGGCUGCCCGUGACAUGUACUUUGCUCACUGCCUGAUUGAGAUUGAACAUGAAGUUGAAGCGCAGAGCAGUGGCUCGAGCUUCUUGCAGCUGUUCACGGUGCCUCGUAACCUGCGUGCUACGUGGGCCACUUGUAUUCUCAUGUUCGGCCAGCAGUUCUGUGGUAUUAACGUUAUUGCGUACUACUCGAGUUCGAUCAUUAAGGAGAUUGGUAGCGCCUCGAACCGUGAUGCUUUGCUGGGCAGUUGGGGUUUCGGUAUGGUGAACUUCUUGUUUGCCAUCCCGGCCUGGUACACGAUCGACACUUUCGGUCGUCGUAACCUGCUUCUAUUCACGCUUCCCUUCAUGGCUAUUUUCCUUCUUAUCACUGGUUUCGCGUUUUGGAUUGACGAAUCGAAGCAGGAUGCUCGUCUCGGUGUAGUGCUUAUGGGUAUCUAUGUCUACUCGGCAUUCUAUUCGCCUGGUUUCGGUCCCGUGCCUAUGACCUAUGGUGCAGAGGUUUUCCCUAUCCGAGUCCGUGAGCUUGGUAUGUCGUUCUCGACAGCUGUGCUGUGGUUCUUCAACGUCGUGCUUGGAUUGACGUGGUUCCGUCUGAAGGAGGCUUUCAAGCCGCAGGGCGCCUUUGGCUGGUACGCGGCAUGGUGUGCAAUUCUCUGGGUCCUUGUCCUUCUGUUCUUGCCAGAGACCAAGGCAUUGACGCUGGAAGAGCUGGAUGUCGUGUUCAGUAUCCCUACGACUAAGCACGCUAGCUACCAGUUGCGCCAGAUUCCUUACUUCUUCCGCCGCUACAUCUUCCGUCAGAAGGUGCGCAAGGAGCGUCUCCACAACCUUGAUUCUAGCAUUCGAAAAAUCUAA